AUGGAUGAUGAAUUAAUUGGUCCAUUGAAAGUGAAAUUCAAUGGAAAAUUACUUGAAUUAGAUGGGUUCUCUAAAGGCUCACGUGUAAUAGAUCUGAAAGACGGGCUCUACCAAAGGACGAACGUUCUUCCGAAAAACCAAAAACUCUUAGGUCUGGUAGCUGAAAAAGGUUACAUCCUUUCGGAUGAACUUCCUCUUAAGCAUUUGGUUCUCAAACCAACUACGAAACUAAUGCUCAUGGGAUGUACUGAGGAGGAGAUCAAAAAAGUCAUCGAGCUCUCCAACGCCGAGCCGCCAGACGUAAUCGAUGACUACGACUUUACUGAAGAAGAUGUGGAGGUACUUCGAAGGCCUGAGAAUUUGGAGAAACUAGAAAGACGUUGCAAGACCUAUAAAUUCAUCAAGAUUGCAGAAUUUCGGCCGGGGAAACGCCUUCUUGUCCUCGAUAUCGAUUUCACCAUUUUCGAUCAUCAAACGCCCGCCGAAUCUGCGAGACACCUAAUGCGACCCUAUUUAUUUGAAUUCCUGACGAGAGCCUACGAUCACUAUGAUAUUGCCAUUUGGUCGGCAACUAGUAUGACCUGGAUUCUAGCUAAAAUAAGCCAAAUGAAUCUAAUCUCCCAGACCGUUGUAAAUCGAGUUCGGAACAGACAGGUGGAGAUUGCUUCAAGCAAAGACGACGAGGACAACGAUAGCGUUCCGAAUCUCUGCGCAGACCUCGAAAUCCCAGACCAGCCGUUCCGACUUUGUCUGCUCAUUGAUUCAGGGGCAAUUAUCAGCGUCAAUCUUCCCGACCAUGGCGUGAAAGGGGUCAAACCAUUGGCCAUUAUUUGGCGAAAGUUCACCCAGUUCGGUCCUCAUAACACGAUCAUGUUUGAUGACGUUCGCCGAAAUUUCGCCAUGAAUCCUGAUUCCGGUCUCCGGAUACAUUCCUACCGUGACGCCAAUGUGAACUACGCCACAGACAAGGAGCUAUACUACCUCGCCGACUACCUGGAGCUCAUCGCCCAACGGGAGACGGACUUCCAGCGACUGAAUCACGACAAGUGGGCCUCCUACGUCGAGAAACAUCGUCGCCUCCUCUCCGCCAACUACCAGAAGCGUCCCUCCGACGAGGCCAAUGACGCGCAGAAUGACCACAAGAGAUCCUCACCUUCCACAUAA